GAGACCAAUUUUCCAGCAAUGACGUGUUUGCAGAGACUACGCUGGUUAUAGUAAAUCUUGAAGAUUUUUUCCACAGAGGCGGAGCUGCAAACACACAUACUGGACAGUACACACUUAGCACCUCUUAGACUGCUUGAGGACCUUGUAUGUGUGUGAUGUCUGAGGUCAUAAAGGAAACGGAGAGGAUGUGUGAGUCAGGGUGUGUCUUGUCCAGAAAGAAGGGCAGUCAAUGAUAGAGAUGGUGGGGCAUCAAUGGGCGUGGAUGGGUUUUCUUUAUAAAAUGGAUCCUAAAAGCAAAGGUAUUACAGGGAAGACUGCUGUCUUGGACUGAACUACGGAGAUUUACAGAAAACAUCAAGAAAAGGAUUGUACAAAAGCUCACCCGAUUACUUACAACAAGUGUCAAACUAAAUCCAUCAAUGGCCAGCCAUAAUGCCCUACUGAGUGGUAUAGAUCUGCAGUGCUAUGAGAAUAACCAUGCUCACCGCACUGAGGAAAUGGAUAUGGAGCGACUGCUGGUGCGUAGAGGUCAGCCAUUCUCCAUAGUACUGCAGUGUCCUGACCAAAUCCCACGGAUCCCGGACCACCAGCUCAACCUCAUACUUCACCUGGGUAAGAAUAAUGAGGUGGUCUUGAAGGUGUCAGAUUCAAAGCAGGAUCAUGGGAAAUGGUGGUUCAGUCAGCGUAAUGCUCAGGGUGAGGUGAUGCUGACUCUCCACAGCCCUGCUGAUGCUCCCGUGGGUCUGUACAGCAUGACUGUAGUUCUGCUCUCAGCUGAUGGGCAGAUCCUGGAGCAAACCAAGUCUCAGACCUUCUACCUGCUUUUCAAUCCUUGGUGCAAAAAUGACUCUGUGUACCUUCCCAGUGAGGAACUGUUGCAGGAGUACAUUUUAAAUGAAAAUGGGAUCUUGUACCAGGGCUCAUGGGAUGAUAUCACCACUGUGCCUUGGAACUUUGGACAGUUUGAAAAAGAUUUGGUGGAUAUUUGCUUUGAAGUGCUGGACAAUUCCCCCGCAGCCCUGAAAAAUUCAGAGAUGGACAUUGCUAACAGAGCAAGCCCUGUAUACGUUAGCAGGACUAUUACUGCCAUGGUGAAUGCUAAUGAUGAUCGCGGAGUGGUAUCUGGUCGCUGGGACGGAGAGUACAGUGAUGGGGUGGCACCCACACGGUGGACUGGCAGUGUGCCCAUCCUGAGACGCUGGAGUGAGGGUGGAGGACAGAGAGUGCGCUAUGGGCAGUGCUGGGUGUUCACAGGAGUGGCCUGCACAGUCCUCCGCUGUCUUGGCAUUCCAACCAGAUGCAUCACAAAUUACUCAUCUGCUCAUGACACUGAUUCCAGCAUUACUGUCGAUUACAUUCUCAAUGAUCAACUUGAAAGUGUGUAUGAAGGCAGGAAGGACUCCAUUUGGAAUUACCACUGUUGGGUUGAGUCCUGGAUGAAACGUGAUGACCUCCCAGAAGGUUACGAUGGAUGGCAGGUGCUAGACCCUACUCCUCUAGAAAGGAGUGAUGGAGUCUUCUGCUGUGGGCCUUGUCCAGUCUAUGCAGUCAAGGAGGGAGAAGUGGGGAUGAAGUACGACACCCCAUUUGUGUUUUCUGAGGUGAAUGCUGAUCUGAUUGUCUGGAUUGUUCAUCCAGAUGGAGAACGGAUUCAGGUGUCCCAAAACAGUAAAGUUAUUGGGCGGAACAUUAGCACUAAGAGUGUGUAUGGAGACUUCAGAGAGGACAUUACUGCUAACUACAAACAUCCUGAAGGAUCAAUGAAGGAGCGAGAGGUUUAUAAAAAGGCAGGCAGACAAGUGGGCCAAAAGAACGAAGGCCCAGGACAGCUCGAGCUUUUCAUCAAGCAUGCCCCAGCUAUCCACGGGACAGACUUUGAUGUGAUCAUAGAGGUGUAUAAUGCUGGUAGAGAGGACACAGUUGCACAGCUCACAGUCACAUCGAACGCAAUAACCUACAAUAGUAUCCACCGCGGAGAGUGCCAGAGAAAGACAACCUCUCUCACAGUGCAAGCGCACAAAGCUCAUAAAGAAGUAUUGCGACUUCAGUAUGACCAUUAUGGGGCCUGUGUGUCUGAACAUCACAUGAUAAGAGUCACAGCCCUCCUCCAACCCACUCAUCAAGACAAAAUCAUCCUACAAGAAAUCAACAUCCCUUUGAAAAUGCCAGCUCUUCAUAUCAAGAUUACUGGAAAAGCCAUUGUAUCAGGUAAACUGACAGCGAACAUCUCCUUCACCAAUCCCUUGCCUGUUAGUCUACAAGGAGGUGUGUUUACCGUGGAGGGAGCAGGACUAACAGAGGCGAAAGAAAUAAAAACACAUGGUAAGAUUGAACCUGGUCAGGCUGUGAAAGUUAAAUUCUCCUUCAAGCCCACCCGUGCUGGCCUGAGGAAACUGCUUGUCGACUUUGACUCAGACAGACUGAGAGAUGUAAAAGGAGAAGCCACUGUUAUUGUUCGGACAAAAAUGCAAAAUAGGAACGCUGUCCCAGAAAUCUAGACAAGCAUGUAAAUUCAGAGAGCUAUACAUUUAGUGUGUUGUAAAUGAUACAGUUAAUGCUAUAUACUUGACUUGAAGACAGCUGUUUUGCUUGUUACUUAUUUUGUUUGUGAUUUGUUUAUAUAAAGAGUAUGCAACAAUUCCUUUAUGAUUACAUUAUGACAUAUGUUUGCAUAUGUUUGGAUUUUAGGCAGAUUUGAAAGCUGUUUUUCCACAUGUAAAAUGCCCAGCCAUGUGAAUACACCAUAGCGUGCCUUUUAUUAUAUAAAUAUAAAAAAAGUUGUAUCUAUUAACAAUUUUGAAAUCAGUGUUUGAUGAUACUUUCAGUAUAAUGCUGUUGAUAUAAAUGUUUUGAUAAAAAUAUGCAUGCAAAUAUGACAGCAGAAUAUAUAUAUUUUUCUGUAUUUCUCCAUUUAGUUGUUUAUCAAUUCAUUUCCUAUAAACAGCAACAGGAAAUAAAAUGUCAGAGAACAUAUAUUUUAGGUUUAGCUAGAUAUAACGUAUGCUUGCAUACUUGACCUUGCAUUUGAACCUUUUAACAAAUGGAACUGGAAACUAGAAAGAAAGGUAACUUAUUAGAAAACAGGUAUAUAGAAAAGAAACCUUAACCAGCGAACAGGUGACAUUUAUUACAGGUGGUCCUACAUGAAAUGUAAACAGUAGUGCCAUUACUGUGAUGUGAAUGAUCAAAUUGCUUAAAACUCAUUAUCUAUUAUGCUUGUCCCUAAUGGAAUGUUGGGUAUAAACAAUAUAUUGAUCGCCACCAGCUGUGAGGGGGUGCUUAUUGUUACUUUGAUAAACAAAUACACAAAACCGAAAGUACUGUGUUUAACUUUGUUUCAGUUUUAUGGUAAAUUUUUGUCUUGCUUUUGUAAUAUGCAAAAUUCUAGCCUUCCAUCACACUGCAUCAUGAUAUUCUUCCACUUAAUCCAUUUGGACUAAUAAUAAUGAAGUUUUAGGUUAACACGCUUAAGUAUUUUCUUAAACAUGAAAACGAUUUCAUUAUUUACAGCAAUUGUGUUGCUUUGAUUCUGAAAGAAGAAAUGCUUAUUAACCAGGAAGGACAAAACAAAAUGAGAUUGUAAAUCACAUUUGUAAGAUCAAAUAAAAAUCAUAAAAAAUAUCACUGCACUG